CAUUGUGGCAUUUAUCAUACGUGCUGAUUUCACUUCAGUUGUUUAUUUGUCAGUGGAGAGUACACAUUCAUUUAUUUUUGUAAGUUCGGAUAUCUGUAGGGAUAAUUUAGAAUGUCUGAGGGAGCAGUAGCAGGUGCCGGGUCCGAGAGAGUGGUAGCCAUCGCAAUUGACGGCAGUGACAAUGCGAAAUACGCCUUUGAUUUUUAUCUUGGCAACAUUCGGAAAGAAAACGACAAGGUGUACCUGAUUCACACAGUGGAGAUUAACAGCGUCCUACAUUCCACCCAGUGGUACAGCUCCCCAUACUCGUUUGACAAGGAGAUGCUGUUAAAUCUGUUGGAAGAAGAGAAAAAGAAAAUCCGACACAAGCUUGAAGCCUUUGCUGUUCUUCUAAAGGAAGCUGGGAUUGACGGCACGGUCAAGAGCAUCCAUGCUGAGACCCCGGGUGAAGGCGUCCUUAAAGCUGUGGAAGAGAUAGGUGCGUCACUCGUUGUGUUAGGGUGUCGCGGGAUGGGGAAGCUGCGGCGGACGUUCAUGGGGAGCGUGAGCGACUACGUGCUGCACCACGCCCCGGUACCCGUGCUCAUCUGUCGCCAUCACGAGGACGAGCAGCACAAGCACCAUAAAUAACUCCCCUCUUAGAUCGUUUAAGCUUAACAUCAUUGGUGUCACAAUUAAACUUCAUUUUACUGGACUAUGGGAACAACCUGCACGGUGUAAUUUAACACCACGAUACUGCCAUUCUUUCAAAGGCUCUGCGAUAUUUUUGUUAUUUGUAAAUAUAAGGUUGUGAAGUUGAGCCUGUGUGAAAUUCUUAUCUUAUUUUAGGCAUCUGAUGACACAAUACUAUGAACAUUUGAUGGCACGAUCAUUAUAGGGUUUUAUUUAAAGGGUUUAAUGUGUACAGGAAGAAUAUGUUGUUAUUAUAUCGAUAAAUAUAUUGCAAAUACGCUGCUUGGGUAUUGAAAUAUUAAACCACGGUCAUUUCACUUCCAUUUUCAAAAUGAAGAAAAAAAUACAAACUCAUAUCUUUAGCUGUAAUAUAUUUUAAGCCAGUGUUUUGAUAUCUUGGUAAUAAUUAAGUAACGGCCUUUCGAAUGAUGCCAAGAUAACAUUAGUUCACACGGCACCAAACUUAAACAUUAUUGUGAUGGGUGAAAUAACGAACUGAUGUGUACAUCAAAUACCUUCAUAGCUGCUUGUGUCAUAUUUUAGAUUUCUAUUGGUGUAAUUGUGUAAACACAUGUUCUGAUUCUGUGUUUAUUCAUUGAAUUGUAUUGAAAAAUGAAGUAAUUUUAUUUCUAAACAUCGGAAUUCACAUUUUGGCUGAACUUGAGAUCGUAAAAUAAUCGUUAACACAGAAAUGUGAAUGGAAAGUUGUUAAUUGCUUAGAAUGAGUAUAUCCACAGUUACUUAAUAUGUACAAAUGUUCUUGUUGUUGUUGUUUUUUCCAAGUGUAAUAUAAUCAGAAAUGUAAUCACGCUUGCUGACGGAUGGGGGUUUAUUAGUAACAAAAAACCCACACCGAAGCUUUUGCCUAAAACCAAUGUGAUGUUUGUUGAGAAUCAAGUGUCCUGCAGUUUAUAUGCAUUAUUUCCUGUAUGUAAGUCGCGUAUCUUUAUGGCACUUUACAAAUAGCACCUUGUGAACUUGUUCAUUAUUAGUUUUACCAAUGUGCCAUUGAACGUAAGCAAUUGUAUGAAUAAACUGUUUAACAUCAUCUGGCGACGCAACACUUCAGCUUUGAUGGCAAAUUUGCGUGGAAAUCAUUUAGAUCAUUUGCUUACAUAAUUUUGUCUGAAGUGUUUUAUGCAAUACCACAUGUUGUCCAUCACUGCCAUUAUAACAUAACGCUUCGUAUGAAUUAAAGACACAUCCAUAACGGCCAUUUAUAUAGGACCAAAUGAAUUCUGGUGUUUCUAUUAAGAACAAUAUAGUUGAGUAUAUAAUGCAAUAUUCAGAAUAAAACAAAGUGUAUAAUAAAGUUUUACGAUGCUU